AUCGCCAGGCCUGAGUAGUGGGCAAGUCACUGUCCUUCAGGCCUGAAGUAGGAGCCAUAACGUUCGUCGAAAGCCAAGCAAAACAUGGGUGACAUAAAUGCUGGGCACGAGGCUGAGGUUAAAGAUGAUUCACGAAAAGGGUCUAUGUCAACCUUGGCUACAAGUCUUCUGGCAAGUGCCAUCUUCACUGUAACCUUGAUCAUCGGCUGUCUCAUCCUCGUCGGAGGCAGCUCAUACUCGUUGUCGGCGUCCGAUCAAGACGUUACCGGCGGCGAAGACAGCCAGAAGCACAGCGGCCAAUGGAAGCUUAAGGCCGCUACAAGAAAAGAGGCCACCGAGCGACCGAGUGCGCAGACACCGCCGUUCACGCUGACAUGCACACUGGGCUCUGAGACAACGCACAGCGUGGUGAUUCCCGAGGAUGGUCUUUGCAGCUACAUCUUUCUGGAUUGGCUGCCUGUCGACGAGCCCUCCGACCUGGGCUACCCUUUUCCACCUAACGUGAGGCGAUUCCUUGUGAACGCGGCGAACUACAAGAGCACCGAAUUCGGUGUCGCUUUCGAUAGCGACUCUUGGGUCAAGAUGAAGCAAGUAGUAGAUGAUGUCUCUUCAAAGUACCACUUUCAAAGGUUAUAUAACAACAGAGUCACUCACUUUGGUUACAUCAACACAAACACCCACCUGUUCAACGCCUCCAUAAUGACUGAGUUGUUGAAGAUACUGCAGCGAAUUAAGAGCCUGUGUGAAGACAGCCACCCUGACCGACGAGUGCGCACGUUUCUGGCGUCGGCGUGGAGGCCACAGCAUGACCGAGUGCCCGCCAAGGAUGCGUCGUCGGCUUUCAGAACCAUCUUGAUGCCAGAUCUGUUCAUAUCAAAAGCUCACCUCGGCGAUGUCGACUCCAACUACGACGACUGCAGGGUUUUGCCUUCGACGUUUUUAAGAGGGCCGAAGAUGGAAAAUUCACAAUAUGUGUACCCUGUCAGUUUGAACGCAGCGCUCAUUCGCGUCAAAGAAUUGCGCAAGCUCCUUCCUGGCAAGAAGCCCGCACUAUCCGUGUCCGUGGGUCUCGCAGGGCGCUGGUACAGCACCAGGCCUGACCAGCGAGGUGCCGCCAAACGCUACGUGCUGGGACAACCAUGCUUGCCGUCGAAAAUCGUGCCGCCAUUGGCCAGCGCCACCAAGAUGUGCGGCAGCCCUGACGUUCGCCAGAGCGAGAAUUUCCACAGCAAGUUUGUGCUGGUCAAAAACAACAGCAUGGUGUUCACCUUCGACACCCCUGACACAUUUCGUUACAAGCUGUGCGCCAGUAAGAAGAACAUGACCACCGUCAACUACGGCAUCACGGCGGCCAACAUCGAGUUCGCCGACGCCAGGGGCCACUGCGGACGGGGAGAGACGUUCCCGGUGCUGCGCACCCUCAAACGGCUGGUCGAAUUCUUUGAACAUCGUUACGUCUCUGAAGAGGACUUCAAGACGUGCCUUAUUCUACAAUAAAUACAAAACCCGGUGCACGAAGACAGAUGCAUCGAGUGCGGCGAAAGUAAUGCGGCUAUCACAAUCGAAAGGAAAAAAUGUUUGGUCAACUAUAGCUAUGUCCC